AUUUUGCUCUUGGGGUGGAGGGCGCACUAUGAUUGGAGGUGGUUUGAAGACAACUAUCUUAACAAGUGUCCCCAUCUUGUGCCAUUUUAGUGAUUCCCCCUUGAGCCGGUCGUUUGCAACUUAUACUGCAACUAUUGAGACUUCAGGGAGAAGAGGGGCUGGAAUUCAUUCCAGCGUGUAUCUACAACUUGUCGGAAAGGACGGAAAUAGCGAUAUCAUGGAGAUUGAGCCUCCCAACGGAAGGUCGUUCACUCGCGGAAGUUCGGUAGUUGUCCCUCUGAAAAUCAAGCACGAUCUUGGUGAAUUAACGCAAGUAAAGGUGGGUCAUACGAACAUCGGCACAGCCUCGGGAUGGCUCCUCCAAAGCAUCAGUAUUGCAGACGAAAACAACCGUUCUUAUUAUUUUCCAUGCGGUCAUUUUAUUGAUGGUCAAGAUAACAUCAUGGACCUAAAAAUCUCUCUCCCCGUCUACAAAGCAAAGAACUCCCAGAGGAAGGACGAAGGCAAAAUCCUGGGUUUUUUAUGCGGAGGCUACACUCUGCAAUCGCAAGACAAGGACAUCUGCGAGGACAGCUUCACGUACAUCGAUCGAGUCAAAGCCAAAGGCAAUGGAUUUCAUAUGCUGGGCGUGGCGGAUGGCGUGCACAUCGAGAACGCGAAUUCGAAAGAAUACGGCCGUCAGCUGCUCAAAGGCAGUGAGCGAAUGAUGGACGAAUUCGGCAUCGUGGAUCCUGUCGAAUGUGUCAAACUGGUCAAAGAUGACAUUGACAAGAACACGCAGGGCAGCUGCACCUUCGGCUUCCACAUCCUCAACCGCUACAGUCACAUUCUACACACUCUGAUUAUCGGAGAUAUCGGCAUCAUGGUGAUUCGAGAAGGUACCAUCUUCUACCGCUCCACCGAGCAGCAGCAUUAUUUCGGAUGUCCGUUCCAGCUGGGCAGCCAGGGCGGAGACAAGCCGGACGACGGCGUAAUUCGCUCGAUUCAUCUGCAGGCGGGUGAUAUUGUGGUGUGCGGAUCGGACGGGAUUUUCGAUAAUUUGCACGACGAUCUGCUCGUAUCGUAUAUUUGGGGCUUUCAGCACGUUCCAUUAGACAUGAUGUGCAAGUAUCUCUGCGAAAUGGCGCAGAAGGUUGCGGUGGAUGAGAAGGCCGACACGCCGUGGUCGCGGGUUGCGACGCAGAAUUUGGACCUGGUGUAUCGAGGAGGGAAAAUGGAUGACUGUACACUGGUCGUUGCCAAGGUGGUUUCAGAGAAAGCGAAGUAA